AUGGUACUUAAUAUAUUCAAGAAAGAACAGUUUGAAGUUUUAGUUCAGACAAAUCUGGAGUUCAGUUCAGAAGGUGAAACAGUUCCCGCUAGCAAGGGAAUCAGCUCAGUUCAGUGGGAGCUGUUUCUCCCUCCAGUGGUAAGGUUGCCCAAGAAGGGGAGAUUUCAGCGUGAGAGCUGGUUGCUGAAUUGUUGCCGGAAGAACCCGGAUGGGACAGUUCCCUGGGAUCCACCCUCUCAGUUCAUCUACUUCUGUUCAAAACAUUUUGAGAAACACUGUUUUGAGCUUGUGGGGCUGAGUCGUUAUCACCGCCUGCGAGAUGAUGCUGUCCCCACGUUAUUUCAGUCGUGUCCUCAGGCAAAGGUGGCGCUGAGUGGAGGACACAGUGAAAAGACAGUGUCUGUACAAACCAAUGAAUGCCUCACUGAUGGCAGUGGCUCUUUACCUGCUCCUGAUCUCAGGAACGCUGACACUAGCUCAGGGAUGAGCUUCAGCAUUUCUCAGGAUGGCACUUCCUUUAUUCUGGGUUAUUCUGAUCCUCAAGAUAGAGUGAAUGAAACUUUCUGCUUAUAUGAAACAUCAUCUCCUGACAUACCGAUCUCCAUAACGCAGCCUGAACCAGAGGACACAGCUCCGACUGUCAUUUAUCUCAUUGAAGUGAAUUCGCAGUCUGUGGAGUUGGAGGCAGCUGGAAACACAGAGGAAGCCUCCAAGGACAUCUCGUUGCCUCUGCCUCAGCCUGUCCUCCUGAAUGAACACUCAUCUGACUGUCAAGUGGAGCUGGAUGAUGACAGGGACCCUGUCCCCAUUGCUUUGUAUAUGGCUCGCAUUCCCAAUCCACCACCUAAACCUGGUGCCUACAUUCCUGUUGAGCACAGUUACACUGUAGGCUGUCCACUGGUUUGGAAGAUGAAGCUAGAGGCUCUGAAGGUGGCCUUUGAGAAGGUCACCAAGGAGCUGCGGGCUAGCAGGAAACGGGAGAGUCGUCUGCGGGCACGAAUCACAUCCAUCUUGAGACCACAACACCAAGUGCUUCAAGAUGAAUGUACUGAAUCGGACAUAACUGAGGGCUGCCAGCCACAGUUUGAAGUUUAUGAGGUGGAAGUGGUGGAUGAGGCUGUGAAUCUGUAGCUACAUUUUGACUCAGUCACUUAUUUAACCAAUGCUGUCGAUUCAUCACUAAGUAAACCAGCAACAAAGUGUGAGGAGAACAGUGGCAUGUUGGGGAGGGGAGGAGUAAGAAAUGUGUUUUGGGAAAGCAACUGGGAGAGGAGAUGGGAUGGAGGUGGGGGAGGGGAAGAAAGAGAGAGAGAGAGAGAAGUGAAGUGAAGUGGCUGGAGGGAGGGAGAGUGGGGUUUUGUCAUCAUGGAUCCUGGGAGAUUUUCCAAGCUCCCUUUGAUUUGUGUAGGAUGACAGAAAUCAUACCACAAAGGUCGAAUUAUACAGAGUUAACUAAUCUGUUGUUAGGUUUUGCAGCAUGAGGUGAGGUGAUCUCUUGAACAUUUUACUGUUUAACAUAAAGACCACAGUAAAACAUUUAUUUUUAUGAUUGAGAACAUUGGCUGCUGUAGUAAACAUGACCGCUCUAAAUCAUUGGUCAGUUUACCCUCGGUCGUUAUUUCUGUGUUUCUGAAGGCUACAAGAAAUCCUACCACAUUGCAUGCAGUCUGUGUUGGGGGUUAAUCAACCAUGUCCUGCAGCACACAGCUAAACCCAUACGUGCCUCUUUUAACAGACACCCCUGUGCAUUUUCUGGCAAAGAUCCCAGUCAGUGAAAAGGAGGGCUUUGACCCAAUUUUUUUUCUUUGUCACCCCUGCCAGCCAACACACAGGAUAUUAAGGCCAAUUACAAACCUCUCGCUUUCAAUAUUUGUAGACAAAAAAAAAAUGAAGUGAUUGAAAUGACACUGUAAAAAGCGAUUGCUUGUCUCUCAAUGUUACCUUGUAUCAGUGUUUGUAGAUUGGCUGUCCUGGGAUUCUGCCUCUAGGCUAUGACUGUUCUCCUUUGUUGAUUUACAUGGCUUUUAGGAAAGCUGACAAUUGUACAGGAUGAGGCUGACGUGAUUUGACUAUUUUAAAACACUCCUGGCCAGUCUCUGAUAUUCUACCCUCCGUAGAGCUCAGGUUGAAACCCCGCUGACCAUAUCCUCACUCUUGUUAAGCCUCAUUGUGGUAGUGUGCUGAAAAUCAAGCCUUGCUAUUCCUGAAGUCGUCACAAAGUUGUUUAAUGAAAGUAUGCAAAAUUCCUCAAUUUACGUGUUUUUUAAUCCGAGGUUUCUGCACGUAAGAGGAAUUAUUUAUUAGAGCUGAAUAGAUUACAGCUACAAAUAAACAAUUAUGGACUGGUGACAUAUCUUCAAUCAUUAAAAUUCCAACUCUCUCAUAAACUAUCCCCCCACAGACAAAAAUUGGGGGGGUGUGGGGUGUUGGCAGGGAAUGGCUGUUAUGGGUGGAGCAAAUGACUGAGCAAGUACUUCAGUGGUUUCUGUUCACAGGGUUUGCUGACAAUGUCAUUCUGGCUUGUCAGGAUGAACCCACAACUCAUUCUGUUAUUUGUACUUCUCUAAUUCUGUCAUCUUGAACAUCCACAGUUUAAUUGCUUUACUGUCAACAGCUGUACCUUUAGCUGCUUGGAUCCUGAGCUCUGCAAUUCCCUCCUUAUGCUUCCCCUACUGUUUCCUCCUUUUAAAACAUUUCUUAAACAACAAGGUGAUCAAGCUUUUGACCAUUGCCCCAUAUAUCUCCUGAUGUGAAUCAAUGUCUAAUUUUGCUUUAUAAUGCUUUGUGAGCACCUUCAGAUAUUUUAUGAUACUGUAGGUGUCGUAUAAAUGCAAGUAGUUGUUGUAGGCUGACAUUUAAACAGCAAAGUACUCUCUAUUCAGAACACAUUCAGGACAGCUUCAUUUGAGUCACUUCACACCUGGUCUCAUAUUAAAAGGAUAAUUGUAAAAAGCAAGCAAUUUAGAAAAGUACACUCAGACACUUACAUGCUCACUUUUUUUUCAUGUGUGAGGGAAGCUAGGAGUCUGAGAUCGUUGUUUUACUGAUUACAUUAAUGCAUUUAUGAAUCCGGUAACGAUUGCUGAAAUUGUUCAAUUUGACCACUACCAGUCUGAUCAAUAUCAAACAAAAUGUAAAGCAACUAAUGUCGAAGGAAUGGCAUUUUAUUCUUGAGUUAUCUAUCUGGGAAAUGUUAAACCUACAAUGUUAAAUGUACAAAAAUAAGCAAGUGAAUAAAAAUAACUACAGAAAUUA